UUGCAGGCUGCCGUCGUCAUAGAGUUUUGGUUAGUACUUGCAUCCACCUUUCUCUUAAACCUCUCCAGAACCCUAGUAGCAAAAUUUUCUCCCAAUCGAAUAAGAAUGAAGGGAAAAAACCCUAAGAGAAAACCCACCACCAUAAACAACAAAGGGAAGAAGAAUUCCACAAAUCAGGAUUCGUUCUUCAAGGAAAAAAACUCUAAGAAGCGACGCAAAAUCGAAAGUGAAGAAUUUGAUGCAGAAAUUGAUAGCGAUGAUGCGUCAGAUGAAGAGGAUGAUUUUUUUGUGGACAGAGAUGGUGGUGACGAGAAGGAUGAACAUGAUGAAUUGGAGGAUGAAGGUGUGGAGGAAAAACGUCGGAGAUUGGGUUGGGAAUUGGUUGAGAAAUUCAGGAAGUUCCAGAAGGAUGAGCAAGAACAAAUGAAUGAUGAUAUUGAUAGUGAAAGGGAAGAUAGGGAUUCUCGUGUUGCUUCUAUUUUGCAGCAGAAACAGCUUGAAGAUAGUGGUAGACUUCGUAGACUCAUUGCUUCCAAGUUACGGAAGCCAGAAGAUAAUGAAGAACCACAGUUAGUGAUAAAACAUCGUCAGUCUGUAACUGCUGUAGCUCUGUCUGAUGAUGACAGGAGAGGGUUUUCGGCGUCCAAGGAUGGUUGUAUUACCCAUUGGGAUGUUGAAAUUAGAAAAGCAGAAAAAUACCUCUGGCCUACUGAGGGAGUUCUGAAGUCUCAUGGUAUGGAAGAUCCAAAGAAGCGAGCUAAGCAUAGUACAAAAAUUCUGGAUUUGGCUGUCAGUUCCGAUGGUCGUUAUCUGGCGACUGGCGGUUUGGAUCGUCAUGUUCAUAUAUGGGAUACACGUACACGGGAGCAUAUUAAGGCUUUCCCAGGUCAUAGAGAACCUGUGUCAUGCUUGGCAUUUAGAGAAGGGACUGCAGAAGUCUUUUCUGGUUCAUUUGAUAGAACGGUUAAGAUCUGGAAUGCAGAAGAUAAGGCAUACAUAACAACAUUAUUUGGUCAUCAAAGUGAGGUGCUAAGUAUAGAUUGCUUGCGAAAGGAACGUGCAUUGACUGUUGGACGUGAUCGAACUAUGCAGCUUUUUAAGGUUCCAGAGGAAUCACACCUAGUUUUUCGUUCUUCUGCGUCAUCUCUUGAGUGUGGCUGCUUUGUUGGUGAUGAUGAAUUUCUGUCUGGAUCUGAUGAUGGAAGCAUUGAGCUGUGGAGCAUAUUGCGUAAGAAGCCAGUUUCCAUUAUUAGAAAUGCUCAUGUUCUAUCUUCAGUGAACAAGCAUGCAAAUCUAGAAGAUGACGGAAGAAUAUCUAAUGGCCAUUUUGAUGGUAGCGAAAUCAAAGCAAAUAAUUCAAUUUCAACGGCACAGUCUUGGGUCAGCUCUGUUACUGUAUGCAGAAAUAGUGACCUUGCUGCAUCUGGUGCGGGAAAUGGGUGUGUUCAGUUAUGGGCAAUCAAUAGUGAUAAUAAAGGCAUUUUGCCGUUAUUUUCUGUUCCUCUGGUGGGGUAUGUGAAUUCUUUGGCUAUUGCGAAAUCUGGUCGGUUUUUGAUUGCUGGUAUUGGGCAGGAGCCUCGUCUUGGAAGGUGGGAUCGUAAUUCGGACGCUAAAAAUGGGGUCGCGUUGCAAUCCUUUGAAAUUACAUCAUAGGAUGGAAAAUGCAUCUUGUACAAGCUCUUCAAUUUUGACUAUUUAUUCUAAGAGUUAGGAUGAGAGAUAUUGUAUUUAAGAUUUUGGUGAUUCAUCGGCCUUGAAAUUUUGUAUCGAUAUUUCAUUUUGUUCUUAGAGUGGUAGCCAAAAUUAUUGAACCUUGCCAUGGAACUUGGGCAAGGUUCCAUCUGCGUAGUUAAUGAUACCAGCUGUAGUUGAUAAAAGCACUAUCAUAUCGCGGGUAGUUCACGACAUUACAUUUCGUUGUUAGAUGAGCCGAUAUAACUGUCAAUCAACAAGAGUUGUAUUUCAGGUCAGGUAGCUAAGCUUCUUGUUACUUUGGUAAACAACAAAGUUUGGAUCUUGCGUAAUAUUAGACCUUGUAAACGGGUCAAUUAGAUCGGACUUGGGUCAUGUCUGUUUCAAUUAAGUAUAUUCUAGUUUAUUAAUUUUUUUAUUGGAUAAUUUUAAUGUCGGGCCAUUUUUGGUUUGAUUCAAGUAAAUUUUGAUCGAGUUUACUUC